AUGUUUUCUUGAUUGUGAUAUGAACCUUAACAUAUUAUUUUCUUUGGCAAUGUCGUAUACGGCUGCUUUGAUUAACACUUGGAGUAUUUUAUGGUCUAUUGAUACUGGCAUUAAGCUUAGCAGUAUGUCCGUAAUUUGCGAAUUGUGAUCUGUCCUAGAUGCUUCCUUUAAUAAAAAUCAGUCCAAUUUGAUGGUCAACAAUAAUUGGUGUUAUCCUGCUUACUUGUUUACGUGUGAAUGUGCAAUGCUUGGUCAUUAAAAUCAUUUGAUUCUGGAGUUGAGAACUUCGAUUGGGUCCCUAUCCUAAACAAGGUAGAACAAAGGAUAGAAGUAAAAAGAUGAUGGAAAACAAAAGAAGUCCGUGCUCUUUUGACCAAGGCGAUUACACUUCUCUUGCAACAAAACGGCAUAAGGCCGACCUUUCUAUUUCCACAAAGGAGAGGAAAGAGAAGCUUGGUGAACGAAUUGUCGCUCUUCAGCAGCUUGUUUCACCUUAUGGGAAGACAGAUACUGCUUCUGUCCUUCUGGAGGCAAUGGAAUAUAUCCGAUUUCUUCAUGAACAAGUUAAGGUGUUAAGUGCUCCAUACCUCCAAGGUUCGCCAGCAACUCAUAUGCAGGAAGUAGAGCAAUAUAGUCUGAGAAACAGAGGUUUAUGUCUCGUACCAAUAUCUUGCACUAUCGGAGUUGCUCGCAGUAAUGGCGCAGAUCUUUGGGCUCCCAUCAAGACUACUUCUCCCAACGCAAUUUAACAUUCCAUGGCUAACCUCGGAAGAGCGGUGAUGUAAAGGGUAACCAACUUAAUCGCACAACAAAUUUUUCAGGCAGAAGGCGACUUUGCGACAGGAGUAUUUAUCCGUUGCAAAGUCGUGUAUGUAUGUAAUGCUGGUAAAUCUUUGAGGUGUAACAUUUAGUUCAUUGCUACUAGUAAUGGGAUGUAGCCAUUCUGAUUAGGGUAUAUGUAUAUUCAUAAACCUCAAUUUGUAUAAUCAUCCUAACAAAGGAUCAUUGAGUAUAUGGGGGUGUGGUUUACGAUUU